AUGUGGACAGAUUCAUGGAUUCAUGAUCACCCACCAAGGCCACCACGAGCUCGUGGAGAUUUCCAAGCAGAAGAAAAGGUGAAUGAAUACUUUGAUACCAUCAGAGCUCAAGGGAAUGAGCAGAAAUUGCAUGAAGUUAUCAUUGAUGAAGAUGUAGACAAGAUUCUCGCUAUUAAGAUAAGUUCUACGGCACGUCAAGACUUAUUGGGUUGGCAUUACAAGGAAGAUGACAUCUACAUUGUGAAAUCGGGUUAUUGGUUAGGAAUUCAUUUACCAACAAAUGCUCCACCAAUACCAACUCAUGGACCUGCAAAGUUGAAACACAAGAUAUGGAAGACAAAAGCUCCUGCUAAGCUAAAACAUUUCUUGUGGAGAUUUCUAUCAAAGAGUCUUGCGACUGUACACUUGGAUCUGGAGCACUGGUUUUCUGUAACAAUGGACAAGAAUUGGGUUUGGCUACCAAGGGCUAGCCUUGAGUAUCAGGAAGGAGCAAUGGCUCUUGUGAGAGCAUCAGCUUUGAGAUUGGGUCAGCCGACUGAUAUAUUGUGUCCCUGCAUUGACUGCCGCAACUUGUGUCAUCAGCCGACAGAUACAGUGGUGGAUCAUUUAAUCAUCAACGGUAUGGAUCAGAAAUACAAGAGGAAGCAGAGUUGGUUUGAACAUGGAGAUGUGAAGAGUGAUAAGCCUUCAGAUAUGGGAAGUCAGGAGUGUGAAGCUUUUGACUUGUUCAGGACAGCUUUCUUUGAUGGUGAAGCUUCACAGCCCCAUAACAACGAUGCAGAAAGUGUUCAGAUAGAAGAAGGUGAUAGUAAGGAGGAAUCAGAGUUUAGGAAGAAACGGGAAGAUGCAGAAACUCCACUGUACUCUAGCUGUCCCAAAUACACGAAGGUUUCAGCAAUAUUGGCGCUUUACCGCAUUAAAGUCAAGAGUGGUAUGUCUGAGAAUUACUUCGACCAGCUCCUGACGGUAGUUCACGACAUGCUUCCAGUAGAUAAUGUCCUUCCGCGUUCAACAGAUGAGGUGAAGAAAUUCUUGAAAGUGUUUGGUUUUGGAUACGAUCAGAUUCAUGCCUGCACAAACGACUGCAUUCUUUACCGUAAGGAAUACAAGGACAUGACAAGUUGUCCAAGAUGUGGCCUCUCAAGAUGGGAAAGGGAUAAGCACACUGGUGAGGAGAGGACAGGGAUUCCAGCUAAGGUUCUAAGGUACUUUCCUAUCAAAGAUAGAUUCAGGAGGAUGUUUAGAUCGAAGAGGAUGGCUGAAGAUUUGGUUUGGCAUUUCAACAAUGCUAGCUCAGAUGGUACAAUGCGGCACCCAGUAGACUCUAUAACCUGGUCCACUGUGAAGGAUAAGUGGCCACAAUUUUCUGACGAAGCAAGAAACCUCCGGCCUGGUCUUUGUACGGAUGGUAUGAAUCCUUUCUCAUUCCAAAGCUCCACCCACAGUACAUGGCCGGUGUUAUUAGUCAACUACAACAUGCAUCCCACAAUGUGUCUGAAAGAAGAGAACAUUAUGCUUACUUUGCUGAUCCCUGGACCAACUGCGCCGAGCAACAACAUUGAUGUCUACUUAGCUACUUUGAUAGAUGAUCUGAAGGAUCUGUGGAAUGAAGGUAUGGUAGUUUAUGAUGCUUUCAAGAAGGAGAAUUUCACACUAAAAGCAAUGUUGUUGUGGACUGUCAGUGAUUAUCCUGGAUUAGGAACACUGGCUGGGUGUAAAGUCAAAGGGAAACAAGCAUUUGAGGAAGGGACUGUGUCUAGAAUAGAAAGUGGAAGAGAUAUUUUUGAGACAGUGAAGGAUUUCAGAAAUCGUUUUGGGAAACCGUUGGAGAAGAAUGGGAAAAGAAAAAGAAACGUUCAGUGUGAAGAUGAAGUUAUUUCAGAGGAUGAUGAAUAUGAAGAAGACACAGAUCAUUGGAGAUGGAAGAAAAGGUCCAUCCUCUUCGAUUUACCUUACUGGAAGGAAAUGCCGGUUCGUCACAACAUUGAUGUCAUGCACGUGGAGAAGAAUGUCUCUGAUGCUAUCAUAUCUAUUAUGAUGCAAAAUUCUAAGUCAAAAGAUGAUGUCAAAUCAAGAAAGGAUCUGGAAGAUAUGGGGAUUCGAAAGAACUUACAUGUUCAGCUCAAAGGGAAGAGAACAUACUUACCUCAUGCUGCUUAUUGUUGUGUCUCUAUCGAACCACCCACAAUCGGCGGAUUGAAGUCUCACGAUCAUCACGUGCUUCUGCAGAAUCUUCUACCAGUGGCUUUGAGAGGAUUACUCCCAGAUGGUCCAAGGAUUGCAUUUACAAGGCUGUGCAGCUUCUUUAACAGCCUCUGUCAGAGAGUUCUUGACCCUGAGAAGCUAAUAUCUUUGAAGAAUGAACUUGUGGAGACAAUGUGCGAAAUGGAGAGGUAUUUUCCACCAGCUUUGUUCGACAUCAUGUUUCACCUACCCUUACAUCUGGCGAGGGAGGCACGUUUGGGUGGUCCGGUACAUUUUAGAUGGAUGUAUCCAUUUGAGAGGUACAUGAAGACUCUUAAGGCACUUGUAAAGAACUAUGCAAGGCCAGAAGCUUGUAUGGCUGAAGGAUAUUUAGCUGGAAAAUGUAUAGCAUUCUGCUUAGAGUUUCUUCAGAACUCUGUACCGGUUCAAGAGAAAACACAACGCAAUGAAGAUGUUGAGACGUAUGAUCUGAUACUUGAGGGCCGGCCAUUGCAGAAGGCUACUCAAGUUACCCUUACUGAUAAAGAGCGAGACAUAGCCCAUCGAUAUAUUUUGAUGAACAUGGCAGUGAUGAAUCCAUAUGUUGAUAUGCAUUUAGAAGAAUUGCAACUUAAUGAUGCAAGGUAUCAAAGAAAUGAAACAAUUCUAUGGCAAGUUCAUGCAGCAAAGUUCGCACAAUGGGUAAAAGAAAAGACUGAUGAUGUUAUGCGAAAGACUCAGAACAGUGGAGUUACAUAUGAAGCUUUUAGCAUGUGCAGAUCCAGUGAACGAGAUACUGCACAUAAGGCGGACGUGGUUACAUUCUACGGAGUUAUUGAAGAGAUCAUACUACUCGACUACCAUAUGUUUCAGAUUCCACUCUUCAAGUGCAAGUGGGCGAAUAAAGGACACGGUGUGAAAGAAGAGCAAGGAUUUACACUGGUUAACCUCCAAGUGAACCAGUCUCCAUAUAUCCAAGAUCCUUAUAUUAUGGCAUCCCAAGCAAAACAAAUCUUCUAUCCUAAAGAAGAUGAUUCCUCACCUUGGUCUGUUGUUAUGAGAGCGCCACCUAGAGGGUAUCAUGAGCUAGAGUCAGAAGAGGAGUUCGUUGCCCCCCCCUAUGACAGUUCCAGAAAUUGA